CAGCUCUCUCACACACACACAAGUCCGGCGAGCUUCCUUCUGAUAGUCCUCCCCUACAACCCCAAGUCUCACAGCGCCGGCGGCAAGGCAGCCCGCGACAUCCCCAUGGCCAGCCUGAACAACGGCUCCUGGUCGACUGGCCUCUGCGGCUGCUGCGACGACGUUGGCAGCUGUAAGCUAAUUCCCUAGAAAAUACUUUUGGUUCGCGCUGGCAAGCAUAAGCAUGCAUGCUUUGGAAGCCCUGAUACUGCUGGCCUCGGUGACGGGGGGAUGGGGCUGCCUCUACUCCUGCUGCUACCGCUCCAGGCUGCGAGAGCAGUACGGGCUCAAGGAGAAGCCCUGCGCCGACUGCUGCGUCCACUGGUCCUGCGAGCUCUGCGCCCUGUGUCAGGAGUACCGCGAGCUCAAGAACCGCGGCUUUGACAUGCGCCUCGGGUGGCACGCCAACAUGGAGAAGAUGGGGAAGAGCGCUGCCACCGUCGCGCCUCAGGCUUACUCGGGGAUGACUCGCUAGUGUGCCCGCAUCGCUCGAAUCCCAUCCAUGCAGUCACCAUCGAUGUAUCCAUGGAUAAUGCCGGCUACCAGCUUCUAGUACUUCUGUCUUGUCGCCAGUUAGUUAAUUUGUGUUUGUGAUGAUGGUUCCUGCGUGUGCCUUCUGUUGCAAGUCGUUUUCCAUCCGUCCAACCCCACCAUCAGUGAUGUUUUUGUAGCCAAUUGUGUUUGAAUAAUAUCUAUCGGAUCUCUGUGUGCAAAAUACACAGGACCAUGUUAUAUACUUUUUAUUUUUUUUGAAAAGGAGGACCAUGUUAUAUAUGCAGUAUAAUGUUUUGAUUUAUGUAUGUACACUAUGUUUUUGGGAAUAAUUUAUGUUUACUAUUUUUUUCUGAAAGAUCCGGCAGCUGGCUGGCUUAUAUUGAUGAUUUAGCAGAGAGGGAAUAUUUGCAGUGCAGGCAAUCUUAGCCGUGAAGGUGCAUGCAUCUCUCUCGUGCCAGAUCACUCAUAGGAUGAUCAGAAUUAGAGACCUGGCCCCUUUUCUGAAUUCCGGCCUUGCCUCCUCGAUCAUGCUGGAGACGAUGUUAGAGUAGUUGAUCGUGUUUUUGAAUUCCAAACCACGGGGCUGAAGGAGUUGCAUCCUAUCCAUCGAGCCGCCACCGACCAGACAAUGACAGAGAUUGUGCACUGCCAUAACAGGUGGCAAGACUUUUCGCAAAAAAAAGAAACAGGUGGCAAGACAA